GCGACAGCAGUCUGAUUGCUUUCAAGAUGGCGUCUGGCAGUGGGGCAAAAAAUGACUUCCGAAGGAAGUGGGACAAAGAUGAGUAUGAAGAGUUAGCUCAGAAGCGCUUGACAGAAGAAAGGGAAAAGAAAGAUGGCAAACCUUUUCCCCCUGUUAAGCGGGAGCUUUUACGGCACAGGGACUACAAGGUGGACCUGGAGUCGAAGCUGGGGAAGACCAUUGUUAUCACCAAAACUACCCCCCAGGCUGAGAUGGGAGGAUAUUACUGCAAUGUCUGUGAUUGUGUGGUUAAGGAUUCUAUUAACUUUUUGGAUCAUAUCAAUGGCAAAAAACAUCAGAGAAACUUGGGUAUGUCAAUGAGGGUGGAACGAUCGUCUCUGGAUCAGGUGAAGAAAAGAUUUGAGGCAAACAAGAAGAGGAUUGAGGAAAAACAAAAAGAGUAUGACUUUGAAGAACGAAUGAAGGAACUCCGGGAGGAGGAGGAGAAAGCAAAAGCAUACAAGAAGGAAAAGCAGAAAGAGAAAAAGCGCAAGGCUGAUGAAGAUCUCAACUUUGAGGAAGACGAUGAAAUGGCUGCAGUUAUGGGAUUCUCAGGCUUUGGUUCCUCAAAAAAAGGCCACUGAUUUGACCUCAACCCCCCAAUCCCUGUCUCUCCUUUUUUUCUUUCUUUUGUAUAGCCUUGAUGCACAUCUCCUUGUGAAUCAUAAAUAAACCUUACUUUUUUAAUAUAUACAAGAAGUUAUUUUUAGUCAACUGUACUGUAUCCCACCAUCUGUUGAUUCCUGUUAUACAAGAAAUACAAAUGUGUGUGGGGCUGGGGAUAAAAUAAUGGACUGAAGUACAAAGUAUAAGUUUGUUUUUAAGUUUGUCUUUAAUUUUUUUAAAUAAAUGCGUCAAUUUGAUGGUUCACAA